ACUGGAGACUGGCGAGGAAGCAUCAGCGGCGGUGAUGCUGUCAGCGUGAGCGGCUGCUUUUUGUGUCUCUGCCGCUUGCAUCUCGGGUCAGUGGCGCAGGGCGAUCAUUCGGGCUGGAGGCCAAUCACUGCCUUCCGCUCGGCCCUAAUUUCUCCGGUGUCCCUGGGAGCGCCGAGCGGAGUCGAGUCGCCGUGAACGAGCCUCGCGCUUGAGGGCAGUCUCCGCCUGUCGGCGCGCGCCCCCGAACGAGAACAAGUCGGACCGAAGUGAGCGGAAGUUCCCGCGGGGCUGAGGUAGUUGCAAUCGAGAGAGUUAGGGUUGGUGAUUAUUGCUGCAGAUUUAUUACAUUUGACCGGUGAGCUCAUUGGCAGAUGCUGCCUGACCUGCUGAGUUCCUUCAGCCUUUUGUGUGUGUUGCUUGGAUUUCCAGCAUCUGCAUGCUUUCUUGUCGUUUUACACUAAAGCCUUGUUUUUACUACCAGAAGAAUGUACAGUAAAUGCUUGAUUUGACUGGCACCGAUUGGAAAUGGCUGGCCUGCAAGAGAUCCGAAUGACAGAGGAAAAGCCUCUGCUCCGGGAGCAGAUGUCAAUGGAUAAUUGUGAUAUAUUCCUGCCUCCCGUGGACUCAAACUGGCAGGAGCAUGACAUUGAAACCCCCUAUGGGAUGUUGCAUGUUGUUAUCCGUGGUGCUCCUAAAGGAAACCGCCCAGCAAUCCUGACCUACCAUGAUGUUGGAAUGAACCAUAAGCUGUGCUUCAACACGUUCUUCAACUUUGAGGACAUGCAGGAAAUCACCAAACACUUCGUUGUGUGCCACGUGGAUGCCCCUGGCCAGCAGACAAAUGCCUCACAAUUCCCUGCAGGGUACCAGUUUCCAACCAUGGACCAGCUUGCUGCCAUGUUGCCAAGUGUAGUUCAGCAUUUCGGAUUUAAGAGUAUUGUUGGAAUCGGAGUGGGGGCUGGGGCCUACAUCCUGGCCAAGUUUGCUUUAAUUUUCCCAGAUCUGGUGGAGGGAUUGGUCCUUGUCAACAUUGAUCCCUGUGGAAAGGGUUGGAUUGAUUGGGCAGCAACUAAGCUCUCGGGUCUGACCAGCUCACUCCCUGACACUGUCCUGUCACACCUCUGCAGCCAGGAGGAAUUAAUGAACAGUACGGAGCUCGUGCAGAGCCUGCGACAGCAGAUAGGAGCUAACGUUAACCAAACCAAUCUGCAGCUAUUCUGGAACAUGUACAACAGUCGCAGAGAUUUGGAAAUGAACAGACCUGGAAGUGUAGCCAAUGCCAAGACUCUGCAGUGUCCAGUGAUGCUGGUGGUAGGGGACAAUUCCCCAGCAGAGGAAGGAGUGGUGGAAUGCAAUUCCAAACUGGACCCAACUCAGACAACUUUCCUAAAGAUGGCUGACUGUGGUGGCUUGCCCCAGAUCACUCAGCCUGGAAAGCUGACAGAGGCCUUCAAAUACUUUCUGCAGGGCAUGGGCUACAUUGCAUAUUUAGUGGAUAGACGACUGAGUGGUGGAGCAGUGGCCUCUGCAAGUAUGACACGACUGGCUCGUUCACGCACAGCCUCGCUGACCAGUGCCAGCUCAGUAGAUGGGCAACGUCCACGUAUCUGCACCCAAACCAACAGCAGUGACAGCAUGGGCCAGGUCACUCAGAAUAUGUCGCACACCAUGGAGGUGUCAUGCUAAAAGGUGAUGGGAGGUUAGAAAAAGCAGCAUGGCUGACCCCUACCCACUCUGUAGGAUGAUUAUUCCUUACUAGUUUUGGUAUGGGGCAGUGUAAACAAAGCCUAGAGAUUGCUCCAUUACUUGGCUGUAGCAGUCUGCAGUUUCCUAGCCUAACAAAUAAAGGCUGCCCACUGCUUUUUUUUCUUGCAUGAGUUGCAAUCAUCGUGAAAAUUUACUUUGGUAAAUGUAGCUACCCGAACCUUUCCGAUCUGUUAGCAGGCUUUUACGCGAUUGGUUUUAUUUUUGCUGGUCAGUCAGUGCCAUGGUCCAUAUUAGGGGACUGUGCCGAUGCAAUAGUAAUCUUGUGUUCAAUUAUUUUAACGUGUGCUAAGGGAAAGCAUCAAUUUUUAUGUUGUUUUAAAUGUGAAGGCAUUUCCAAACAUUGGUGUGUUAAAUAAUUGUCCUAGAUAGCCUGUUCUUUAUGCUUUCUGUAACACAGGAUACAAAAGAGCUGCUCUGGUUACCGUAGAUAUAGUGAAUCUGGUUCCACUACUUAAUGUUUUGUAGAUAAUUCUGUUUCCAUCCCCAACUUCAACUGCAGUUUGGGCAAUGAUAAAAUGAAGAGUCGAAAAAUUGCUGGGAGUCUCUUUCAGGUCUUGUGACAAACGUACCAUUAUCGAAACUUUUUUUUGUAUAACAGAUCCUUCGAUGUUGCUGUUAUUGAUCUGAUACCUGACUGCAGCUGUGGCUACCCAAUUAAUAAUUCAUUCACUUAAUGUAACUAAUAAAUGUUUAUUGAAAAUAAAGUCGGUGUUAAAACCUGCCUU